AGGGUUAUGGUGUAACAGCAGUGGCCUGGAUCUACUGGAGUCGAUAUAUCUUACCUUGGUUGAUGAAGACGACCACCAACAAGCCCAGCGAGGAUACUGGUGCCAUCCUGAAGAGACUGAUGGAAUAUUACAUGCUGCCUUAUCGCUGGCGUUUUUUUGCUGUGCUGAUUUUUGUGGUUCUGUCCUCUUGUGGUGAGAUGGCUGUUCCGAAAUACACUGGUCAUGUGGCUGACUGGAUCCAAAAUGAAGAGGCACCUGGUGCAUGAGAGGCCGUUACAAUCAUGAGAAUAAUGACUGUUGCCAGUGCUGUGCUUGAGUUUAUAUGUGACCUCAUCUACAACAUCACCAUGAGCCUCGUACACACCUCAGUCCAGGGAAUUGUAUUCCAGUCAGUGCUAAAACAGGAGAUUGCUUUUUUUUAUGCUCUGUUUUUAGGUAAACCGGUGUCACGCAUUACCACGGAUACCAAUAGCAUGAGUGAGGUGCUUAGUGAGCAACUUCUUGUGAUGUGGUACACAGCACGUUUUGGCUUCAUCUUAUUCUUUAUGGUGAACCAGUCAUGGAAAAUGUCCCUGCUCACUUGCAUGGGACUGCCCAUCAUCUCGGUCAUACCAGCGCUCACUGGACAUUUCCUUCAGGCUGUUGCUGUAAAGGUUCAAGAGUUGCUGGCAAAGGCCAACCAGGUGGCCACAGAGACCUUCUCCUGCAUGAAGACAGUGAGGAGCUUUGCCAAUGAGGAUGGUGAGACAGAGAAGUACCGAUGGAAACUGGAUGACACCUAUUCCCUAAACAAAAUCGAAGCUGCAUGUUAUGCAGCUACUAACUGUGCCAGUAGUAUGACCACUUUGUCUCUAAAGGUGUGCAUUCUGUACUAUGAUGGAAUGCUGGUGACCAGAGGGACUGUUAGCAGGGGAGACCUGGUGUCCUUCAUCCUCUAUGAGCUACAGUUUGCCUCUGCUGUUUAG